AUGGCGACCAACGCAUCAGCCGAUGGCGGCGGCAGCACAACAUUGCCCUUGCGCAAGCAGCCCAACCCAACUGAUUUCGAUAUCGUAUCGACAUACCGCAACCUCCUUGCCCAGGAUUCCGACCUGACAAAGCCCGUUGCUGCGAUUGAGUCGCUCAUCGAGUUGCUCAACUCUGUGCCCUCGACAACCGUCUACGAGACACUCGACACGGUCAAGGCCCACUGCGACCGUCUCAAGGCCUCGGUCGAGAACCCCGUCCCGCUCACCGCCGGCACCGACCUCUUUCUGCAAUACCUCAUUGCCUCGCUCAAGCAGCCGCAGCAGCAGGACGGCGGGCCGAGCAGCUUCGACGCCGUGCGCCAGCACCUCCUCCGCAACGGCCGGCUCUUUGCCGCCCGCGCCAUUGCCGCCCGCGCAGGCAUCGCGGAAGCCGGCUGGCGCUUCGUCACCGAGGGCAAAUCCGUCCUCGUCCACGGCAACUCGCGCUCCGUCCUCGCCGUGCUCGAGCGCGCCGCCAAGAACGGCGCCGGCAAGUUUCGCGUCGUCUACGUCCGCGACUCGGCCCGCGCCGACGAGAGCAAUGCCGUCGUCAAGGCUCUCCGCAGCAAGGGCAUACCGGUGGCGGAGAUUCCGGGCGCCGCCAUUGCCCACACCAUGGGCCUGCUGCGGCAGGUCGACAUGGUGAUUGUGGGCGCCGAGGCGGUGGCGCAAAACGGAGGCAUCAUUUCGAGGAUUGGCACGUUUCAGAUUGCGCAGCUGGCGAAUCGCGCGCAUAUCCCGUUUUAUGUCGCGGCCGAGACGCACAAGUUUGCGCGCAAGUUCCCGCUAGACCAACGGGAUAUUGGCUUUGAACAAAAAGUUCUCGACUUUACGACUGACGGAUCUAGCAAGCAGCCCGUGGAUGCUGUUGAUUAUACCCCUCCGGAGCUCAUCUCCAACCUCAUUACCGAAAACGGCGUCCACCUACCGAGCUACGUAUUUGAACAGCUACUAGAGAUUUACGGCAGCCUGAAUAAUUAA